UCUUCUUUCACUCCUCUCUUUUAUCGGUCAAUCUCAUCUCUUCUGUUCUCUCUUCGCGGUUGCGGUUUCUUUCUGUUUCCGAUCCCUGGUGCAUGAGAGCAUCGGCAGAUCUUGGAUCUCAUAUCCUACGCCUCCUCGUUUUCCUCACGAGCCUCUUUCUGAUAUACUUCUGCUUUUGUGGCAAACUCUGAGCUGGUCGGGACGUUGACGAACGGUUCACAAGGAGGUGAAGAUGAGUAGAAAAGAAUCAGAGAGUACCCGUGGGCGGCGUGUGAAAUGGAAUGAAGUUAAUAUUGGUCAAAUUGAAGCAAAUAAACCUGUGCGGCAGAAAAUUACUGAGCCUAAGACGCCUUAUCAUCCCAUGAUUGAAGAUGAUGAUUCUCUUUCUCCUGUGAGGGACAGGUUUGCCAUGUGUGUUGGUGAUGCAAUGCAUGCAGAAGCCAUCCGAACUGCAUUGAAUGAUGUGGCGUCUUCAAGUGGUAAAAGCAGCCAACGAUCUAGUGGGUGGACAUCUUCUGAGGAUGAAGCAGAUGCCAUGGACCAAGAUGAUGAAGAUAAGGCGAAUUUGAGCUUUAAGGAACACAGAAGGGCACACUAUGAUGAAUUUAGAAAAAUUAGAGAACUCCGAAGGAAUGGGUCGAUUCUAGUGGACGAAGAGGACGAAGAAGACGAUGUUGUGGGGAAUAUAGAUAUUGGGAAAAAGGAUAAAGGUGAUUUCUCUCAACAAUCACCUCCGCCAACCAAUGGAGUUGGAGGUUGAUCUAAAGCUUAAGCAAAGGCAAAAGAAAAUCCCACCAGACUGUUGGGGACCAAUUUGAUAAGAAAAUGUUUGGGUACAAAAUUUCCAAUGUCUUCUAUCUUUCUUUUCUUUUCUUUUUGAAUUUUAUUUUAUGUGUACUCUGUAUUGUAAAUAACUUCAUUUCCUUGUCCAUCCCAAAUGUGACAAGAGUGUGAUACACCCGACUUCCUUUUCCUUUUGUUGGUUUAAUUGGUCAUUCAUUUGAACUUAAAAGCUGAAAGUUUUCAUCAGCUUACUUAUAAUU